ACAGGUAUGUGGGUAACUGAGGUACCAAGGUAAAGUAACUUGCCCAAUAGCCAGGAAGUGGCAAUGGAAAAAAUCUUUGGGGCCCAGGAAGCAUGAAUCUAAAGCCACAGCACUUACUGCCUUGUUAGUAGCCAUCUUUCAUCCUGCUGGCCCAACACCAUUACAUAGGCAUAGAGAUGAAAAGACUGUGGGUGCGGUUCCCCACGGUGGGUUUGUGGCAUCACAGGUGAGUAAGUUCCUGCCUGUGCAAAGUCGACAGAGGUUUCAAGCACUGGCUUCUGUUUGCUUUGCUGAGUUGUUUGCUCUGUGGGGACAGAAGCUUGACAAAAGCAUUCCUGAGCUGACUUUUCAUGCAUUCGGGAGCCUCGCUGGAGCUCCUGUCACACAGAGAACAUGAGGACAGGGGCGCGGGUUUGGAGGGCACUGGCAGAGGUGUGUCUUCUAUGUGCUGCCCUGGGCUGUCUCCAUUUGCCAGGCUCCAGAGGUGAGAAGCCACAAUUCUUUGAGACAAAUGCAGUCAACAGGAGCCUUGUUAAGAGCAGACCGGUGCGGAGUGUGGCUGUCACCCCAAUGCCUAUUGACUGUGAGCUGUCCAGCUGGUCUUCCUGGACUGCAUGUGACCCUUGUCAGAAGAAAAGGUACAGACAUGCCUACUUGCUCCGGCCCUCUCAGUUCUAUGGGGAACUGUGCGAUGUCUCUGACAAGGAAGUUGAAGACUGUGUGACUAACAGACCCUGCAGAAGUCAAGUGCGAUGUGAAGGCUUCGUGUGUGCACAGACAGGAAGGUGUGUGAACCGCAGACUCCUUUGCAAUGGGGACAAUGACUGUGGAGACCAAUCAGAUGAAGCAAACUGUAGGAGGAUUUCUAAAAAAUGCCAGCAGGAGAUGGAGCAGUACUGGGCGAUUGGCCAUCUGGCCAGUGGGCUAAAUCUGUUCACAAACAGUUUCGAGGGCCCAGUUCUGGAUCACAGGUAUUAUGCUGGUGGAUGCUCCCCCCAUUACAUCUUCAAUACCAGGUUUAGGAAGCCAUACAAUGUGGAAAGCUACACCCCACAGACCCAAGGCAAAUACGAAUUUGCAUUAACAGAAUAUGAAUCAUACUCAGAUUUUGAACACAAUGUCACAAAGAAAGCAACUGGCAAGUUUAGUUUCAGCUUUGGAUUUAAAAUCAGUAACUUCUUUGACUUUCGUAUUCAAGAGGAAAGCAACCAAGGCAAACAUUAUAUUAGCAGAACCAAGCGAUUCGCUCACACUAAAAGCAAGUUUCUGCAUGCGCGCUCUGUCCUUGAAGUGGCCCAUUACAAGCUGAAGUCCAGAAGCCUCAUGCUCCAUUAUGAAUUCCUGCAGCGGGUGAAGCGACUGCCCUUGGAGUACAGCUACGGAGAGUACCGGGAUCUCCUUCGAGACUUUGGAACCCACUUCAUCACGGAGGCCAUGCUUGGGGGCAUUUAUGAAUACACACUUAUCAUGAACAAAGAGGCCAUGGAGCGAGCAGACUACACUCUUGACAGCAUUUCUGCCUGUGCCAAAGAAGGUUUCCAAAUUGGUGGUACCAUCAAGAAAGUUUACCUCAGUCUGGGUAUGUCAGAAAAGAAAUGCAGCGACCUUCUGAAUGAGAUCAAAGACAGAAACAAGAGGAACACCAUAGUAGAAGACUUAGUAGUUCUUGUGCAAGGAGGGGCAAGUGAACACAUCACGGCCUUGGCGUACAAGGAGCUGCCAACAGCUGAACUGAUGCAGGAAUGGGGAGAUGCUGUGCAGUACAACCCAGCUAUCAUCAAACUCAAGGCUGAACCCCUAUAUGAGCUGGUGACAGCCAUGGACUUUGCCUACUCUAGCACAGUGAAGCAGAACAUAAAGAAGGCACUAGAGGAGUUCCAGAUGGAAGUCAGCUCCUGCCACUGUGCUCCAUGCCAAGGCAACGGUAUCCCUGUCCUGAAAGAAUCCCGUUGUGACUGCAUCUGCCCAGCUGGCUUCCAAGGCUCAGCCUGUGAAGUCACCUAUCGGAAAGAUAUCCCCACUGACGGGAAGUGGAGCUGCUGGUCCAGCUGGUCUUCAUGCUCUGGAGGACAUAAGACGAGACAAAGGCAGUGUAACAAUCCACCUCCGCAGAAUGGGGGCAGCCUCUGCUCAGGCCCUCCUUUGGAAACACUCAAUUGUUAGGAGAGGGAGCACUCCUAGCAGUGAUCUAGCUGUGGGCUGUAUACAGCAUGGGCUCUGGACCUCACAGACUCAGCCAGCUUCGCUCCCAUCCCAGCUCCCACUCAGGGCUGCCAACAGUAAAAGGCAGUGCCACUCAGAUCUUUAAAGUAAACAUAAUGGUUUUUGCUAUUUUAAUAAAUGAUGAGUUAAUAAUCCUAAAUCUUUGUGAGGUAAAGCAUCUUUGUAAACCUCCCUUUGUCUACUCUACAUGCUUGUUACCCUCACAUGGUCUAAAAGCCAGAAACGGAGUUGAGAACUGGUUACUACAUAGCAGUAGGUGCCUAAUAAUAAUCAGUGAAUUGGUAAGAAGUUGUUCACCCCUUGAUAAGCACACAGUUUUGUUCAGCAAUCAUGACAGCCAGCAUCACUGGGUGACAACCAUAAAAGGUGAAUAUGUGGGAAACAAGUUUGGGAAUCUAGUGACUUCACCACGAUCACACAGGAAGUGACAGAGUUGGGCUGCAAACGGGGCCUCAGAGUUUUAAACUCUUGGCUACGAGGCUCACCUUCCUCUCUCUGAAUGUGAGCACGUGAUUAGUUAAGAACUGUUCAUGAAAUAAAAUGAACCAGAAUGCAGUGGA